GGAGUUUAAGAUGUGGAGCCCACAUUCGAAUCCACCAGUGGAUUUCCACCUCGACGAGAACAAUGUCUUCCGGAACUACUGCACAAGCCAGACCCUACUUGGAGCUCGAGGGAGCAAGGUGAAGAAGCGAAAUACAUCCACGAGAAGGCGAGGCUUCCCCAAGGGGCUAUUUAUUGCAUUACCUUUACUUAUCGACUCUCCACAGGAGCAAGCCCAGCUCGCUUCUCUCCGCGAGGAGCAGAAAAACCGCUCCACAGCAUCUAAGGACAAUACCACAAAGGAUGCUGCACCAUCCACCAAGGAUCGUGACUUUGAAGGCGGCUUUGGAGGACAAGAGGAUUUGGAAGAUCGGUACGCAACGACUAGCGGAGAGCACUAG